AUGUCUUCGAAUAAAGAUGAUGAUAUAUCCUCACUCUGUACACUACACGAAGAAUUGACAGGAUAUCUGCAACGUGUUGAGAGCACUGCCUAUGAAUUAUACCCAGGAGUAGAAGCUAUCGAUUAUGACUUCACAGCGGAGCGGCAGAACCUUUAUGCAACUAACAUAGUUGAGUCGACAGCACAUCUAAUAAAAGGCUGCCUAGGGGCUGGUAUAUUGGGCAUCCACGAAGGAUACAUGUAUGGUGGUCUUUGGGCAUCCUUUUUUACGACGAUGGUUAUUGGAAUUUUAGUGCCAUAUUGCACUUAUAUGCUUAUAAAUUCCGCCCAACAAAUGUAUGGUAGGCUGCGAGUUGCAAGACUCUCGUAUGCUGACCUGGCGGAGGCGGCGGUUGCAACCGGUCCAUUGAUGUUCUUCAGGACAUAUAGCAAAACUUUUAGAUAUUUCGUUGAGCUAUUGUUAUUUAUGGAAUUCAAUGGAACGUGUUGUGUUUUUGAAAUAAUGGCUGCGAAUACGCUUAAACAGAGUUUAGAAGCUGUCUCAUCGCACAUGAAAAGUUUCAAUCUAGACAUUAGUAUUUACAUAAUGAUGAUAUCGAUUCCUUUAAUACUUCUCUGCCUGAUACGCAGUAUAAAAUAUUUGGCGCCAUUUUCACUAGUGGCAGAUCUUUUUACUGCUGUAUGCGUCAUUACAACCAUGUACUACAGCAUAUCGGUAGCAAAGGAGAUUAACAAAGUUCCCGCGUGGAAAAGCAUACAUGGCUUGCUCCGUUUCUGUGGCGUUUGCAUCUACAGCAUCGACGGCACCGGUGUAUCGCUACCAAUCGAGAAUAACAUGAGACGACCGCAGUACUUCAGCGUCGUAUUACAAUGUGGAAUGGCGGUAGUCAUCACUUUUGUCAGUGUUGUUGGUUUCUUUGGAUAUUGGGCAUGGGGCGAGGAGUGUCGGACACCUAUCACAAUACAUAUGCCCCUAGAUACUGUACCAAUUAUCAUGCAGUUCCUGUUGACCGCAUCGCUUGGAGUCACAUUUGCUGUACAUUUCUGGGUGCCUUUCAGGGUAAUAUGGCAUUAUAUAAGCAAGAAGUAUAGGAGGAGGCGAAAUUUUUGGGAGCGUUUCUAUCGAGUUCUGCACGUCAUCUUGUUGUCGUGUUUGUCUGUUGCCUUUCCGAACCUCAGUAAAUGGAUGAUUUUUAUAGGCAACUUCUUUAUGGGCUUCGUAGUUUUCAUCCUGCCUGCUUUCAUUGACAGCUUGGUGAUGUGGAAACAUCAUUCCGUUAAUAGCAAUUUACAGCUAUUCAAGAACUCUAUUAUCAUCGGAAUUGGGAUCACUUUGUGUGGUGGAGCGAUAUAUACUUACAAUUAA